UAGCUCAGUGGUUGUAGGCUAACUUGUUAUUUUUGUAGUUAUUUGUACUUCUUAAUACCUGUAAUUGGUUUUUUCCUACACAUUGUUGUUUAUUAUCAAAAUAUAAAUGAAAACCUUUCAAAAUGCAAGAGAAUCAAGAGAUCACCUUAGUUAUAUAAUUGUCUUUGCCUAAACUUAAAGAGGCCUAUUUGUAGUUUCAUUAAUCCCCCAGACACCAGACCUGUCGUGCAAAGUCUACAAUGGCUACAGAAGAGACGGAGACCAGUCUGCUAAUAGUGGUGGUAGACGUGAACCCAGCCCAGCGUAUUUUGGUGGAACAACGUCAUCGGCUUUCCCAGUGUCUGGAUGCCAUUGUUGCAUUCUCAAACUCUCACCUAAUGCUUAAGUCAACAAACAAGCUUGCAGUUCUUGCCUGCAAUGCUGAUGGAAGUGAGUUUGUAUAUCCGAAUGAGGACAAGUCAGCGUCUGCAGUAAGACAGCAGGAUGGCCAAUACGAGCUGUUCACACACACAGAAAAAACCAUCCGCCACGGCUUGCAACAGUUUGUUCUGCGAAAUACAAACUCUGUCACAGCUGAAUCCCUUUUGGCCGGUGCCUUCGCUAUGGCACUCUGUUACAUUCAUAGACUCGAGAGGGAGUUGUCUGCCGGAGUCAAGAUGAACUCUCGUAUUUUGGUCAUCACAGGGAGCGGAGACAGCGCCUCGCAAUACAUGAACUAUAUGAAUGUCUUUUUCACAGCACAGAAGCAAAAUGUGAUCCUGGACGUGUGCAGCCUAGACCAGAACCUGGGCCUGCUACAGCAAGGCUGUGACAUCACUGGAGGGCUGUAUCUGAAACUCACCGUUCCCAGACUGCCAGGCCUACUGCAGUACCUGUUGUGGGUGUUUCUGCCCGAGCCUCCGAUUAGGAAGAAGCUGGUACUGCCGCCGCCAGUCAAGGUCGACUACCGCGCGGCUUGUUUCUGUCAUCGGCAGCUAGUUGACAUCGGCUACGUCUGCUCAAUAUGUCUGUCUAUCUUCUGUAAGUUCAGUCCCAUCUGCACAACAUGUCAUGCCGUCUUCAAAACACCUGGAGCCCUGCCAGUGAAGCCAAAGAAAAAGAAACCAAAACUUAUGUAGCUUUAAGAUUUAACUUUCUAAUUUUAAUUUUGUAAAUGUUUUUCUAAGAUUUUAGAAGUAAAAUAUUAAACUUUUUCGUAUAAA